AGAAAAUUUAUUUUUUUGGGAAAAUCCCGUGUGGAAAGUGCGGCGCGGUUCGCCGAACUCUCGCGAGAGCCGCGCGCGCGCGCGAGACUUCCGGUCCUGGCCCCGCCCCCUCUCCCUCAGCCGCGGCCGCGGCGGCUCCGGAACCCCAAAAAGGCGAAAAAAAACCCCAAAACCGCGAAAAUUCGCCCCAAAAGCGGCUCCGGAGGCCGAAUCAGCCCCUCCGCGCCUCGUCCGGCCCGCGUGAGGGGAACUGGGGAUUCCGGUGAAAUCGGGACAGUUCCGGGUGGAUUUGUGCCAAUUUCAGGGUCAAUGAGGCGGGGGCAUGGAGCCCGAGCCGGGGGGUGACGGCCCCAGGACCCCCAACGUGCCGUGGCGCAGCUACAAACUGCUGCUGGACCCGGCGCUGCGCCGGGGGGGACAGAAACUCUACCGCUACGAUGGCGUGCACUUCAGCCUGCCCGAUUCGGGGUUCCCCCCCGCCGGACCCGUGCAGGACCCGCGGCCGCGCCGGAUUUGGGCGAAGCACCGGGACCUGUCCCUGCCCGUGCCCAAGUUCAAGCUGGACGAGUUCUACGUGGGGCAGGUGCCCCUGAAGGAGGUGACCUUCGCGCGGCUCAACGACAACAUCCGCGAGGGGUUCCUGCGGGAGAUGUGCCGCAAGUUCGGGGAGGUGGAGGAGGUGGAGGUGCUGCUGCACCCCAAAACCCGAAAGCACCUCGGGCUGGCCCGGGUCACCUUCGGCUCCUCCCGCGGCGCCCGCGACACCGUCCGGCACCUGCACAACGCCACCGUCAUGGGCACGGCCAUCCACGCACAGCUCGACGUCAGGGGGCAGCAGAGGAUGAAACUCUAUGAACUGAUCGUCAGCGGCUCCUACACCCCCCAGACCGUCCCCACGGGCAGCGGCAAAAACAGCGCAGAGAGCCCCGACACGCCGCCCCCCCCGGCCGACCCCCCCCGGCGCCGCCCCUCGGCCGAGGGCCCCUUCGCCCCUCCCCCACCCCCGGGGGGCAGCGCGACCCCCCAGGACGGGGGUGGGGGAGGGGCCGGGGGGGGCUUCGGGCCCUUCGCCCCUCCCCCACCGCCGCCCCCCUUCGGGGCCUUCGCCGACGGGAGCCCCUCCCCCUACGGCAGCAGGCUCCCCUUCCCCCCGGACCCCUUCCCCUCCCCCCGCCGCCCCCCGGAGGGGGGUGGGGGAGUCCCGGGGGGCUCCUUCCCCUCCCGCCGCGCCCCUCCCCCACCCCCACCCCCUCCCCCACCCCCUCCCCCCUCGGGGGGCUCCUUCCUGCCCUUC